AUGAUCACGUUCGAGUCCCAGGGCCCCCCCGUCAACAUGGAGCCUGAGCCCCUCUCCUCGCUGGACACGAUCGACUUCGAGGCCCCCGACUUCAGCCUCAUCAACCUGGUGGCGCUGCAGGAGAACCACACCAGCUUCGCCCACAACCUCUCGCACAUCCUCAACCUGACGGGCGGCCUCAACGUCGCCUUCAUCGAGAAGUUCGAGAAGAACCGCCGCGUCAGCUACACCGCCUUCUGCACCCUCAUCUUCGUCUACAGCGUCCUGAUCGUGCUGGGGGCGACGGGCAACUCCCUCGUGGUCAUGGCCGUCAUCCGGAAGCCGGCCAUGCGCACGGCCAGGAACGUGUUCAUCAUCAACCUGGCCAUCUCGGACCUCCUGCUGUGCCUGGUGACCAUGCCCCUCACCCUCAUGGAGCUCCUGUCCCAGUACUGGCCCCUUGGAGACACGCCCUUCGCCUGCAAGCUCGUGGGGACGCUGCAGGCGACGUCCAUCUUUGUGUCGACGAUUUCCAUCACGGCAAUCGCCCUCGACCGAUACCACGUGUCGCAUUCCUUAGCUUUUGCUAAGCCUACUGGCGUGCGCCCUCGGCCGACUGCGGCCACGGGUCGCAGGGUCAGCUUCUGGCACUCGAUUGAGAUGCCAUUGCUCGAAUUACGCUUUGUGAAUGCAUAG